ACAGACCACAUAUACAUUCAAAAUAAAUAACUUCCGUGAGAAGUCUCUUUGCAUCGAGUCAGCUGAUCUUUUUCAUCACUGUCUGCUAAACUUCACUACAAAAAAUGUCGGGUAAAGACAGACUACCGAUUUUUCCCUCUCGGGGAGCCCAAAUGUUGAUGAAAUCCCGUCUCGCUGGUGCGACAAAAGGCCAUGGGUUAUUAAAAAAGAAAGCAGAUGCGUUACAAAUGAGAUUUCGUAUGAUUCUUGGUAAAAUUAUUGAGACCAAAACAUUGAUGGGAGAAGUAAUGAAGGAAGCAGCAUUUUCACUAGCAGAAGCUAAAUUUGCGACUGGUGAUUUCAAUCAGGUGGUUUUGCAAAACGUAACUAAAGCGCAGAUUAAAAUACGAUCAAAAAAAGACAACGUGGCUGGUGUGAACUUGCCAGUAUUUGAGUCUUAUCAGGACGGUACGGACACAUAUGAACUUGCUGGGCUGGCGCGUGGAGGCCAGCAGCUCGCGAAGCUCAAAAAAAAUUAUCAAAAGGGUGUGAAGCUUCUAGUGGUGUUGGCUUCAUUGCAAACGAGCUUUGUUACUCUUGAUGAAGUAAUAAAGAUCACUAACAGACGUGUCAAUGCCAUUGAACACGUUAUCAUUCCUCGUAUUGAGAGGACGCUUGCUUACAUUAUUUCGGAGCUCGAUGAACUUGAACGUGAGGAAUUUUACCGGCUUAAGAAAAUUCAAGACAAAAAGAAAAUUAUCAAAGCCAAGGCUGAAGCACGUCGUUUGGCGAUGAUUGCUGCUGGUAAUGAUUAUGAUUCAGCAAAUAUGCUCGAUGAAGGAGACGAUGAUUUAUUAUUUUAAUUUUAAAAUUUAAAUAUUUAAAAAAUCCCGCGCAUUGAAGAUUUUUAAAAUAAUUUAUCAUCAAACGUUCAGUAAUAAAUCUUCAAUCUACUAAUUAAUGAGUUCUCACUCAUCAAUAAAACUUCGUCAGAAGUUUGAUUGUACACUUAAAUUAAAAAAAAAAAAUCUAAUCUAUUUUGUACAGAUGUAUAAUAAUUAAAAGUACUUGGUUUUCUUCUUAUGAAUUAGUAUAAAAUUUAAAAAUAAAUGUUUAGAUUUAAAAUAUAUAUUAGAAGCUUCUAAUAAAUAUCUCAUAUAGUUUAUAAUUAUAAACAUUCAGAGUUAUAUUUUAUUUAUAAACAAAAUAAGAAGAAGAUAAAGUAUUUAAAGUAUUCCAAACGUCAUUGACGUAAAUUUAAAAAAAAAUAUGUAAAUCACUCCGGAGCUUGCAAGCGUAUAGUA